AUGGCUUUCAAGUUCCUGACCUUCUGUGCCCUGGUGGCAGUUGCCCGUGCUGGAGUUAUCUCCUCUCCUCUGACUUAUGCUGCACCAGCCCCCGUUGCUUACGCUCACGCUCCAGCACACGUUGCUUAUGCUGCUCCAGUUACCAAGACCCUGGUGGCUGCUCCGAUCACAAAGACUGUCGUUGCUGAUGAGUACGACCCGAACCCACAGUACUCGUUCUCGUACGGAAUCUCCGAUGCGCUGACCGGUGACUCAAAGUCCCAGCAGGAAUCCCGCAAUGGUGAUGUUGUCCAGGGAUCGUACUCCGUCGUCGAUCCAGAUGGCAUCAAGCGUACUGUCGAAUACACCGCCGAUCCACACAACGGAUUCAACGCCGUCGUUCACCGUGAACCGCUGGGCGUGAAGACCAUCGCCGCUGCUCCAGUUGCCAAGGUCGUUGCCGCUGCCCCAGUCGCCUAUGCCGCACCGGUGGCCAAGACCAUUUCCUACGCUGCCCCGGUAGCUAAACUGGCCGCCGCUCCAGUUGCCUAUGCCGCCCCGGCGUACGCCUACCAUCACUAA